GCCGUGUUGGAUGCGUUGGCCCAAGCCACCCAAUGGCAUCGAAGCCGGACGCCACGGUCGCAUUCCACAAGAAGCCGACGCAUGGACAAGUACGUCAACCGCCGCCUGCUCGCGCCCGCGCUCUUCGGCGACGUGCUCCUGUGCACGGACGCCAUGACGCACCGGGACGUGGUCGUCAAGGCCAUGGAUCUCGACCGCGCCGCCGCCCACGCCACAACCGACGGCCUCCCGGUGCACGAAGACAUCACGAUGGAGAAGCGCGUCUACACGCAGAUGCAGCUCCACGGUGGCCACGCCAACAUCCUCCGGCUCCUUGCGUGUUUUGAGGCCGACGGCCGAGACCAUUUCGUGCUCGAGUAUGCGAGCCGCGGCGACCUCUUCUCGCAGCUUCGAACGCAGCAGCGCUUCCGCGCCUAUGAAGCGCGUGCGUACUUUGGCAACAUUACCGCCGGCCUCGCUUUUCUCCACGACCAUGGCUUUGCGCACGGCGACCUCUCGCUCGAGAAUGUGGUCGUGACGGCCGACAACACUUGCAAGCUCAUGGACUUUGGCCUGGCGUCGGCGCUCGCUGACGGGCCACGGACCGUCGCCGUCGGCAAGUACUUUUACAUGGCCCCCGAAGUGUUUCUCGGCCAGCCGUACGACGCGGCGACGGCCGACAUGUGGUCGCUGGGCAUGCUUCUUUUGAUCAUGCUCACGGGCAUGCCUCCGUUUGGCAGAGCCAAUUGCACUGAUCCCGUCUUUCUGGCGUACCAGACGCACGGCAUCCGGACCAUUCUCAAGGGCUGGAAGGUGCUGGCGUAUUUUUCGAGUGACGCGAUCGACCUGAUUGAACACCUCCUCGUCGAAGACCCUGCGAAGCGCUUUAGCAUGAAGCAAGUGCUGUCGCAUCCGUUCUUGGCGCGCCCGUCGUCGCCCGCGUCGCCGACCCAAGACCGCAUCAAGAAGCGCGUGCGCGUUCAAAACUUUUUCCGGCGUCUCUUUGGUGGCAAGCGUGGCACGUCGUCGCUCGAUCUGCUCGCCAAUAGCCAGUGGCACUAGACCAAGGUCGUCCAACCUUCUUUUUAUUUAUCAAAUGUAAUUCUCGUUUAUAUAAGUUCAUGGGCCAGAGAGAUGAGCUCUCCGUCCAACGUUCCGAUGCCCCAAUAUGGAGGCAGC